AUGGAUGAUUUUUCAAAUUUAUUAGAAAAUAAAGAUAAAUUAGAUAAAAUCAUUGAACAUGACUUAAAUAAAGGAAAAUUUUUUGUAAAAUUAAAUGAUGGAUCAAUUUCUUUACUUGAUUAUAAUGUCACCAAUGAUAAUAUUAUGAAUAUUCAUCACACUGAAACACCUCCACAAUGGCGUGGUAAAGGUUUGGCAGCUGCAUUGGUACUUCAUGCGGCAGGAUAUGCUUUAAAAAAAAAGAUGAAAAUUAAUCCCAUUUGUUGGUAUGCAAACAAAAUAUUAUCAAAUCAACAACAAUUUAAACAUCUUUUAAAAUAA